GUAUGCAUUCUAAUUAAGAAAGCCAUACAACACUGCAAAUGCACCGAACCGGCCUGAGCGCCGCGGGUGUGUCGCUGUGUGAGUCGUCGCAGGCCUCGACGUCCUACCGCUGCCAACUUGUGCAUAGGCCCAGAGUUUCACCCUUCCACAUGGCCCCUCAUCGCUGCUCGAGGCGCGCACGCGUGGUGAUGGCGUCAGGCUCGACAGCCCCCACUACCAAUUUCGACGCCGACAGCUACAAUGCUGAGCGGCUUAAGCUCGACGAGCAGGCUCGUGAGGGCAUGCGCACGCAGCUGGCCCGCGACUCCACUGCUGAGGCGGCGGCGCCAGGCAGCGUGGCGGGCGCGUGGAAGUGGGAAAUCAGAAAGAAGAUCUGGGAUUACAUGGAGGCAAACGACAUAGCCAGGUUCCCGCGGCCGGUGCACCACCGCAUCCCCAACUUCGUGAACGCGGACAUCGCGGCGGAGCGCCUGAGCGACCUGCCCGAGUUUGUGAACGCCCAGUGCAUCAAAGUGAACCCCGACACUCCCCAGAAAAUAGUCCGCAACCUGGUGCUCACCCGCAACAAGACGCUGCUUACGCCGCAGCCGCGCCUGCGCACCGGCUUCUUCAGCCGCCUCACCUCCGCCAGCUUUCCGCCGCAAGACCUCAAUGAGGCAUGCACCAGCGCAGGUGUGGCCAAGUACGGCGAGCCGUUGUCCCUGGACACGCCCAUCAAGGUGGAUCUCAUCGUGGUCGGCAGCAGCUGCGUGGAUCCAGCCUCGGGGGCGCGCCUGGGCAAGGGCGAGGGCUUUGCCGAGUUGGAGUACGGCAUCCUGCGCUACAUGGGCGCCAUUGACGAGCACACCCUUGUGGUCACCACCGUGCACGACUGCCAGGUGUUGGAGCCAGGCGCCAUCGAUGUAUCCAAGAUGCUGGAGCACGACGUGCCUGUGGACAUCAUCGUAACGCCCACACGCGUCAUCCGCACCAACACCAACCUGCCCAAGCCACCCGGCAUUCUGUGGCACAAGCUGUCGCCUCAGAAGCUGGGUCAGAUCCGGAUCCUGCAGCAGCUCAAACAGCGGAUCGAGCGCGAGACCGGCACGCCGCUGCCCACAGGCCCGGACGAGACGCUUCCGCCGCUGGCCGCUCGGGGCAAUCGGACACAAGGCGGUGGUGGGAACGGCGGCCGGAAUGGCGGCGGGCGGGGCGACAGGAGCCGGCCGCGCGGCAACCGCGGCGGGCGAGGCAACGGAGGUGGCGGCGGCCGGGGCCGGGGCGAGCGCACUCAGCAGUCUGCACCGCCGGCGCAGUCGUGAAGGGUCAUGGACUCAUGGCUCUAGGUUGUUUCGAACUGACCCUGAGUUGGUCAUUUUGCUGGGAAUGCUUGAAUGCUUUAUUGUUUGGUAUUGCAUGUAAAUAGGUGGCAGGGAAAAUUCGGGCGGAGCGAGAAGUGCCUUCGCACGUCCACGUCCGGAUUUGCGGGGAUGCCAAAGGCCCCCAACAUAGAGGCGUGUGCUUAGUAGGCGCCCGCGUCAAGGUGGCUGGGUUGAUAACGACCAGGCAGCCACCUCCUUGUUGCUGGGAAUGUGUGAUUGUGCUCUGGUAAUGAGUACUGAGGGAUGUGGACGUUAGCAUACAUGUACCGUAAGCUUUGUGCGCAUGGCUAGGCGGCGGUGAUGGCACAGCUAGACGCAGGUCAAGGGCAUAGCGGCACGGCCGGCAGGUGAAGGGCAUAUGAACAGAUGAACAGUGCCAUAGUACAGUAGAGUGCAAGGGAGUCACGGUAGUGAGGAGAAGGUGGCUGGUGGACUUGGCAACGGAUGGCAAAGGGGUUGCUGGAUGGCGGCAUGCUGUGCUUGCAGAGCUCGCUGAUGCGCAGGACAGCUUCCCUAGUAACAGCAGUUCUCAGCAGUAUGGGGCCAGGUGGCCAAAGCCAGUGAACCUUGGAUGUGGAUUGGUGCCGAGGAUCCAGAGCAGGGGGAAUUGGCCACAAGAACAGCGACGCGACAAGCAAAGGCGGAAGACUUCCUACAUGCCAUGAGAGAGUGUGCGUGAUGAUCACUACUUGUCGUGCCCGCGCGCUUGAGCGGCGCUCCGCGGACUCUUACCUUCGACG